AUUCACGUCGGAGGUGCCGAUCGCGUGACCUGUGACCACACCUUUUUGGUACGAAGGUUCACUGUUCGCAUGCAUUCUUCAUUUAUCUCGUAUUUGUCAGCGCUAGAUUUAAGGAACCAUCGGAUAUCGCUACGGUGCACAAGUGUUGCUCGUUGCAGGAAUUGCGUAAUUGCAUCAACUGGGUUCACGAGUCGGUUUGAGUUUGAAGUGUGGGUUAAGAUAUCGUAGACAAAAUGGAGGAUGGUGGACAGGGACAGGGUGCCAAUGGCGUGAGAGGCCAGGAUGCGGAGAAGACAAUACAAGAACAGAAGUUGUUGACGCCAUUGCAGCUGGGACCCUUUAAGCUCGCUCACCGGGUGGUGUUGGCUCCGCUCACAAGGUCUCGCUCUUACGGGUGCAAGCCGCAGCCGCACGCCGCACUCUAUUAUGCGCAGCGCACUAGUCCCGGGGGUCUACUGAUCGCUGAGGCGACUGGCAUUUCAGAAGACAGUAACGGGUAUCCGCAUACCCCUGGAAUCUGGACCCAGGAACAUGUUGAAGCGUGGAAGCCAAUUGUGCAAGCUGUGCACGAAAAGGGCGGAAUCUUCAUCUGUCAAAUUUGGCAUGUCGGCCGCGUCUCUCAUACUUCCUACAACAAGGGCAAUGCACCUGUCUCGUCAACCAAUCGAGCGAUCUCGGAAGGGAAGUUGCAACUCCCAACCUGUGAUGGAUACGUGGAUUGCUCGACCCCCCGGGCCUUAGAAACGAGUGAAAUCCCGAAGUAUGUCGACUACUACCGCUCCGCCGCACGAAAUGUAAUAGAAGCUGGAUUCGAUGGAGUAGAGAUUCACGCCGCACAUGCAUACCUAAUCGACCAAUUCCUGAAGGAUGGCGUCAACGACAGAACCGACGAGUAUGGUGGGUCCCUGGCCAACCGUUGUCGAUUCAUGGAAGAGGUCGUCGAAGCCGUGACGAAAGAGGUCGGAGCUCAGCGCGUUGGAAUUCGCAUCUCUCCUUUCACAGAUCACUACGACGGGGGGGACUCGGAUCCUACCGGCCUUUCGGUUUACAUCGCCAACACUCUCAACAAGUACAACCUUCUCUAUCUGCACGUCGUGGAACCUCGAUUUACAUUUAAGAGCGAAACUUUAAUCGAGUCCAAGCAUAGUAUCUGGCCGAUUAGGAACGCUUACCGAGGCAAUCUUAUAGUUGCUGGAGGAUUCACCCAAAAGUCCGGCAACGAAGCCAUCGAGUCUGGUAAAGCGGAUGCCGUGGCUUAUGGCAGGGUGUUCCUUGCAAACCCAGAUCUACCGAAGCGAUUCUCCGUGCACGCUCCGCUGAACCAGUACGACCGGUCAACAUUCUACAUUCAGGAUCCCGUUCUCGGCUACACCGACUAUCCCUUUUUGGAAGAAGUGGCGCCGAAAGCCAAGAAAUAAACCACUGUUAGUUUGAUUACUAGCCAUUAGUCUACCUUUAGAAGGUAGGUCAAUGUAGCAGUGGACGCUCACAUUCAUGUACACUCUUUCCAGCACUAGUGCAAAACGCAAUUCAAUAGUGAAUGAUCUAUGCAGUUUUGAAUAGCUCGACAUCGGCACUUCCGAGACCUCAUCACAACAGUGCGAAUGCGAACGAGUCGUAUUUUCUUAACUCUUGAUAUCGACGAAAUGCACCAUGCUCAUACACAUAUGUAUAUUCUGUAGAGGUAACAAACUAUACCGUCGUGGAUUCUAAUUUAGAUGAUACUCUUGUAUCGAUCAUUUCCA